AUGGACAAACUGGGCAGCAUGGACGACAAAUCGUGGGUGCCCCUCACAAUGAGGGAGCGUCGACCACAUCUUCGCGGUCUCGUUGAUAUGGGAAGCAACGGGAUUCGAUUCUCCGUCUCAGACCUGUCGCCCCCGACGGCACGAACGCUUCCCACCGUGCACUUCCACCGCUCCAACAUCUCGCUGUACGAGGCCCAAUUCGACUCAAAAGGCCAGAAAAUCCCGAUCCCGCCCUCGGUGAUCCGGGCCGUCAUCGCUUCGCUGCUGCGGUUCAAGGUGAUCUGCGACGACCUGGGCGUGCCGGCGGACCAGAUCCGGGUAGUGGCAACCGAAGCGACACGCGAAGCACUCAAUUCCGCCGAGUUCCUGGCGGCCAUCCAGGAAGCAUCGGGAUUUGCUGUGCACAUGCUCCCCAAGGAAGAGGAAGGCCGCAUCGGCGCGUUCGGUAUCGCCAGCAGCUUCACCUACGUCAAGGGCUUGGUCAUGGACCUGGGCGGCGGUAGCACCCAAAUCAGCUGGAUGAUCUCGCGCGAAGGCCGCGUCGAGCUGAGUCCUCGGGGUUCCUUUAGUUUUCCCUACGGCGCCGCUGCGCUGACUCGCGCCCUGGAGGUCGCCAAAGCAGGUAAGUCGAAGGAGGAAGCUGACAAGGCCGUCGCCGCGCUCCGGGCGGAGAUGAAGACCAACUUCCUCAACGCCUACCGCGAGCUCGACAUCCCCCAGGAACUGAUCGACGCGGCCAGGCUGUACGGCGGUUUCCAGCUGUACCUGUGCGGCGGCGGCUUUCGCGGCUGGGGCUACCUCCUCCUCUACCAAAGUCAGGUGCACGGCCACCAUUAUCCCAUCUCCAUCAUCAACGGCUUCGUGGCGGACCAUGCCAGCUUCACGGACACCGAGAGGCUGAAGGAGGUCGCCCGCACGGCCCAUCGGAUCUUCCGCGUGUCCGACCGCCGACGUGCACAGGUCCCAGCGGUGGCGUUCUUGGUGAACGUGCUGGCGGAGGCGAUCCCGUUCGGGAUCAAGGAAGCGCAGUUUUGCCAGGGCGGUGUCCGGGAGGGUGUUCUGUUCCAAGAACUGCCCUACCACAUCCGGCGACAGCAUCCCCUCGAAGUGGCCACGGCGCGGUUCGCCAAACCCUCGGCGUUGGCCAUGGGCGACCUGCUCCUGUCGGCGAUCCCGCCGUCCACGAGCGGCGAGCCGCGCUCGUUCCCGCGAUCCAUCUCGACCGAAGUCAUCCGCUCGCUGGCGAACGUCUUCUUCGAACACUCAGACCUGUCCAAAGAAUCUUCCUCCAGCGCCGCCCUGUAUAGCACCUCGACGGGCAUCCUGGCCUCGGCUCACGGAGUCUCGCACACCGACCGCGCCCUGCUGGCGCUGAUGUUCGAGGAGCGUUUCGAGGGCGAGCUGCCGCCGCGCGAGCUCGACUACAAGCAGUCGUUGCGCCACCUGCUCACGCCCGAGCAGGUGUGGUGGGCGCGCUACAUCGGCCGCGUGGCCAUGGUGGUCGCGCGCGUGUACCCGGCGGGCAUCAUCGACGAGACGAACCCGCGCGUGCAGAUGUCGGCGCGGUGGGCAGCCGGGCUGGGCAAGGACGGGAACAAGGACGGCGUCGAACUCACCCUCUGGGUGGCCAAGAUCGAGGGAGACCCCUACCUUCUUAAGGACACCAUGCAGCACGCCCUGCGCGUGAUCGAGAAGGUGGGCAAGCGCAAGAACUGGAUCGAUGGGAAGAACGGAUGGGGGAUCAAAGUGAAAGUCGUCGUUGAGGAGAAGGAUCUCCGGCCCGAUCGACGACAACAACAAGAACAACAACAACAGAAGCCUCGAGAGCCGCAACAAUCAACGGCCUCCUUGGACGAGCAACUGCCGACGGCGAAGGAGGAGGAAUACGAAGACGGGGAAGAAGAAAACGAAUGGCAAUUGGAAUGA